AUGCGUACCUGGAUGGCCUCACGCCCCUGGGCCACUUUCGUGGUCUUGUCUGCACUUUGUACUCAUGGUUCUCUUGCCCAGAUUGAGGACCCUGCCAGUCUGGUCAACAUGUUCAUCGGCACCACGAACGGCGGGCAUGUCUUCCCUGGCGCGACGCUUCCGCACGGUAUGGUGAAAGUUGGCAUGGACACCGACUCUCCGGGCAACCAAGCUGGAUACGACGCGGACCCAACUUACAACGCUUGGGGUUUCUCGCAACUGCACGACCAAGGGACUGGAGGAGGCGUCUCCUUGUCCAACUUCAAAAUUUGGCCUUAUGCGUCCUGCCCCAACGGCGACUCCUUUGCAGCAUGCCCUACGGCGGAGGAAAAUCGGAAAGUAUUGAGGGCCACGCUCCCCGAUGGCUCUCCGGACGACGUGGCCUCACCCGGAUACUUCGCAUCUAACCUGUCGACAGGGAUUCGUGUGGAGCUUACGGCGACGCGUCGCGCAGCCCUACACCGGUACACAUUCCCAGAAGGAACCGUCAAUCCCCGCAUCUUGGUAGACAUCACGAACGAUGGCCAGCAAAGCAACACGAACCCCAUCAUGACGCUCAACUCGACGACUGCACGUGUUGUUGGCGGUGCUGACUUCCAGGCCUCAUUUGGACCCCAGCGAUACAGAGUAUACACGUGUGUUGACUUCAAAGGCGAUGGGUAUGACUUGAGCGAGCCAAGAGAAUAUGGGGCAUGGAUCAACAAUAAUGCGGUGAAUCAGAGCGUCGACAUUGAGCAGAUGUAUUUCGGGUUUCGAAACGAACUGGGUGCCCUCUUAACAUUCAACCCGAACCCAAAUGGCACAACGACCAUUCUUGUUCGAGCGGGUGUUUCCUUUGUAUCCGUCGACCAAGCCUGUGCCAAUGCAGAAGAGGAGAUUCGCACAUAUGACUUUGACGUCAUUCAGGCAGCCGCACGGGCCGAGUGGAACGAACUGCUAGGUCGCAUCCAAGUGGACCCGACGGGCGUCGACAACGACACCGUUUCAUUGUUCUAUAGCUCGCUCUAUAGGAUCCAUGUCGUCCCGGCAGAUUACACGGGCGAGAACCCCCUCUGGAACUCUACCGAGCCGUACUAUGAUUCGUUCUAUUGCAACUGGGACACCUUCCGUGCGCUAUACUCUUUACUUUCGUUGCACGAUCCCCUCAACUUCGCUCGGAUCGUGAGAGGUAUGAUAAAUAUACAGCAGCAUGAAGGGUGGCUUCCCGAGUGUCGCGGCUCCCUCACUCAGUUGUACGUCCAGGGUGGUAGCAAUGGAGACCCUAUCCUUGGAGAGUUCAUGGUCAAGUAUUACGAGCAGGCAACCGAGCUCAACGUCUCGUCCACGGAUCUGUAUUCAGCUCUGCUGGCAGAUGCAGAGGUCCAGCCACCCAACUGGAACUUGGUCGGGCGCCAGGUGAACAUUUGGAAGUCCCUAGGCUAUAUUCCCUCAGACGUGUGGGAGCCAUCGGGGACUAACACCAAGCAGGUAUCGCGAACAAUCGAGUACGCCUUCAAUGACUUCGCGAUCUCGCAAGUGGCGAGAAUCAUAGGCAACACCGCGGACGCCUCGAAGUACGCUCAGCGCGCAGGCAACUUCGUCAACGUCUGGAACCCGAACGUCACCGUUCCUGGGCGCGAUGACAUCGUCGGCAUGAUGCAGCCACGGUUCUUGAAUGGGACGUGGAACUACACGGACCCGCGGCACUGCAGCCCCAACGAUCCGACGCAGUCGACGUGCUACCUCACGCCGACCAAUGUGGAUGGGUUCUACGAGAGUUCGCCACUCGUGUAUGUACCGCAGGAUGGCGCCAAGUUAGUCGAACUCCAGGGCGGCGUGGACGCCUUUAUCUCAAGGCUGAACUUCCUCAUCGAUGACAACUACUUCGACGCUACAGAUGAGCCGUCCAUGCAGAUUCCCUUCAUGUAUAACUAUGCGAACGCACCCGGGAUGACAACGGUUCGGGCGAGGGAAGUCAUAACCGAUCACUUCAACCUGUCGGUGAGCGGUAUACCUGGGAAUGAUGGCGCUAUGGGUACGUGGGCAAGCUUUCUCCUGCUCGGCCUGUAUCCCGUCCCCGCCACGCGCCAGUACCUCUUGUCCUCCCCAUGGUUCCCAAAAGUCUCUUUCUACAACCCUGUCUUCAACUCGACGACCACCAUUAUCGCGAACGGGUUCGAGGGGAACCCGACAAAUGGCACGGGGCAGAUCUUUGUUCAGAACGUCACCAUCAACGGGGAGAUAUGGAACUCGACUUGCUACCUCGACUGGAGCGCCUUUGAGGCGGGCGCGACAAUCGAGCUGCAGCUUACCGACGACGCAAAUGUCACCUGCGGCGAUGGCCCGCAGGCGCUGCCGCCGUCGCUCUCAACAGGUGGCUUUGACUAA